CAGUAAAACACAGUUUGGGGAAUCAUUCAGUAGACAAUACUGUUGACGAUUAUCAAAAUGCUCGCAGCAGUUAUAGCAGACUUCUUUAAGUAUAAACUAUUAAGAAGCAUCAUUGUGUUAGCGUGCUGGUCACAAAUAGAUCGUGUGAAAUUUCUCCGUCAGUUGUCUAAACAAGGCUUAAGUGCGACGAUCUCCUGCAACCCAGAUAUACUUGAAAGUAUUCAUCUACUUCAGGGCGUAUUGUAUUUUACAGAAGAAAAUAAUUUACUAUUAGACAGAGUUAAACCGGAACACUUUUCCCAUAACUAUAAAUGGAUGGUGGUCGGUGAUGAAAUGCCAAAUACACUGCACCAUGUACGCUAUGACGUUGAUGUUGUACUGCUUAAAACACAGCCAAUGACUCCAAAAUAUACUGAAGACGAUACUGACUACCCGACGUUUAACGAAACGUUAUACAUAGAAGACAUUAUGGUUCACCCCCGCGAUGGAGCGUCUGAACACGCAUGGGCGUACUGGACGAAAUAUUCAGGUCUGAAAGUGACCCAUGACCGGGAAAGGACACUACGACGUCGAAAUUUUAGAAACUAUCCCGUUAGAAUUGCGGCCCCUAUUUCUAACUAUUCUCCAAAGACAUAUAAAGGCAGCUUUAUAGACUACAUGGCGGAUACUACGAUGCACGAUGCCGGAAUCCGCUGUGGAUAUACCGCUUCUGAACUUAUAAUUGAAGCCCUAAACGCUACUAAAGUGGUACAAGUAACAACCACGUGGCUUCAAAAAACCAACGUAAGUGAAGCCCACACUAGUAUGUUCAUGUUACUGUUAACGGCACAAACAGAGUUGGCCGCAGGUGCUCUGCGGCCUACAUAUGAAAGAAUCUCUAUUCUGGACUACAUAACGCCGAUAUGGUUAUUCAGCGUUGGAUUUACGUACUUAGCAGAGCGAGACAGCAGUAGCAAUAUGUACAUACAACCAUUCGACAGCUCGGUGUGGUGGUCAUGUCUAGUCAUUGGAUUCACCCUAGCAUUGGCGCAAAGAAUUACUGCCAGUAACAGUGAAGAAAAAGCAGAGGCAUUCAUGUCGGUAUUGGCCACAUGGUUGCAACAAGAUGCAAACGCAGUGCCCACUGGCAUAGCGGGGCGGUGGACAUUCAGUGUAAUGUCCAUUUGUUCUAUGCUGGUGCACGCUUACUAUACUUCGGCCAUAGUGUCCGCUCUCAUGAGCUCCGGCCGGGGAGGUCCCAAUACAUUGAAGGAACUCGGAGACUCCAAUUACGAAAUAAAGUCAGAAUAUCAAGAUUUUAUGAAUAGUCAUUUUUUCAAUGUGACAACAAAAUGGUACGAUAUGGAAUAUCUAAAGAAAAAGAAGUCUAUAAAACCAUCGAACGUGUACCUGGACAUUGAGCACGGAGUGGAGAAGAUAAAGCGAGGAACACUAGCGUAUCACGCCGAGUACCAUCAGCUCUAUUCUCAUUACAAAACAUUCAGCGACGUAGAAUUAUGCAAGAUAAAGAAAAUUGACACCAUUCCAGAGAAAAUGUCCUGGGUCACUGCACCACAUCGAGGCCAGUUCACCGACGUGAUGCGCUCAACCGGCAUGUGGAUCCACGAAAUAGGACUAGCGAGACGGCUUAUCCUCCGAACCUCAGUGCAACCUCCCCGGUGUCGGGCGGCCAUGUUGGCUGAACGAGUAACUUUCACAGAUAUAGUGCCGUUAUUAGGUGUCAGCAUUUCGGCGGGAUUCUUGUCUAUGAUCUUGUUAGUUUUGGAGAUUUUUUGUGCUAAAUGGAAAAGGAGUAAUAAAAAAAAUAAAGGUUUGCGGUCUCAUUCUUCUAGCCCCGUUCCUGAAGACAAUAUGGAAGAAUUUCCCUCAAUAACAUACACUAAUUAAAGUUACACUUAGACGCACUUAACACUUAGAUUAUACAAUAAUAUUAGAUCAAUACAGCGAGUAACAACUAAAUUGUGCGUUUCUUUAGACAUGCUUCAAUAAUAGUUACAUAGCUUUCUUGAAAUGUUGACUUGACGUAGUUUUUCUAUAUUAUAAAAUUGUAUUAAUCUUAGAGCUGGAAAUUUUAUCAUAAAAAAUGUUUAUUUUAUUUAUUUGUACUUAUUAUAUUGUCUUUAAUAUAGUAUUUUCCUUUAUAUUAUAUAACUUUAGAUUUUCGUAUAAUAUAAAAAAAAAUUGCAUCAAUCAAAAUUGAUUGACCAUUUUUGAAAUGUUUUCUGAUACUACAUUCUUUCUAUGUCACCUAUGAAUGUCUAUGUAUAUGUAUAAGUAUUUGUGUGUCUGUUUUUAAGAGAUAUACAUACAAUAACAAAUACACAUGUAGGAGCAUAUACCUAUAGACAAAAUUCAUGGAAUUUUAGAAUACUUUAUGUACAAAUACCUACUUGUAAUUUAGGGGGGGGGAAGGGAUUGUUAGCAAUGGAUUCGACAUUACUAGCCCUAUCAGGUCGACUUCCACGUGGUUCCCCCUGGACGCCAUCAUGAACAAUUCUUGUUGAAUUCGUCACGAUGGGCUAACUGACCUGCUUCAUUCUCAUCUAUCAUCCCUCACUAGUACCCCGCCGGUGUAUACCAAUAGCGCGGGUGGGGUUACCAUUCCAUUAUCACCCAUUAAAAAAAACUCGUAGUUUAGGAAUUCCUUCAUUUAUACUUGUAUUACAAUUUAUUAAUGUAUGUUCUAACAAUAAAUAUUGUGUAAUAUCA